GAAGUCAGACAAGUUGAGCCUGUGACCACAAAAGGCGAUUAUUUCUGCAAGGUUUGUAACAGCCACAUGAACUCCGAAAAUAUGUGGAUCUCGCAUGUUAAUGGAAAGCGUCAUCUGAAGAAUGUAAACAAAGCACCUGGAGAAGCUCCAAGUAAAGUAAAAUUUGUUAAAUCCAAUGCUCCUGCCCGACUUCUUGAUGUAAUUGCAGAUUGGGAAUCGUAUGAAGAAAAUAGAACUGAAAUCAUUUGUGGAUUAGACUAUAUUUGUGAAAGGCAUCUGGAGAAUGGACAUGAGUUAUACAACUGUUACUUGUGUCAUUCCAAUUGCACCCCACGAGAGAUAAUAGAUCAUCUUAUAUCACUGAAACACAUGAGAAAAUAUAUUGAGAAAGAAGACCCUGCAGCUGCUGAAAAUCUCACUAAAUUGACGACAAACAUGUCAAACUAUGGCAUAAAGUCGCUACAUUUAGAGGCAUGUGUAAAUUUGGUAAAAGAAAGAGGGGUAGGCAAGAUUGAAGUUUUAGUACCAAAGUGAAUGGACAAAUUUCCAAGCCUUCCAAAUAGUCUCAAGUGCUGACCGUUUGAAAAAUGGACUUAUAACUAUUUUUAUGCCGAAGACAUGGCUCAAGAUGUUAUCAGGUACGGAUCCAGAAGGGUGGUCAUGACCCCCUCCUAAAGCUAUAUUUUGGGGUAAUUAUGUUUCAAAAAAUCACAACAGACCCCUUAUUCUAAGCACAAAACUGCACUUUGAUCCCUCCUUUUUUGACCCCUUUCGGAACCAGAAGCUGGAUCCCCCUGAUUGUUCUUGUAUAUUUAUGUUUCUGAAGUAUUGUAUAUUGUACCAAAGCAUUGG